AUGAAUUUAACACUAGUACUGUUGUUCAUUCUUACUGGGACGAUCCUGGCUAAACAGUCGAGCAAGAGGAAACAAAGAAUGGCAGUUAUAAGACAAGCCUACUAUUCAAAUCUGUUUCGAUUUACCUACGAUUUAUCAAGGAAAGUUUUGGAAACUAAAAAUAAAUUGGUAAGUUACCACACCUUUUCUCUUUAGACUUUAACAGGAUAGAGUGAACUCAUUAAAAAAGUGCUUCCAGUUUGCUUCAAGCAAACACUGCAUGCCAGUUUUCUCCGGGUGCCACAGUUUUCUCAUGUAAUUUUACUGGACCUCUAGGGAGAAUAGUUUAGAACUGACAUAGAGCUAUCCGGUAUAAAUAAAGUUAGUUUAGUUUAUGUUUCCUCCUGUAAUAACACUGGAUCAAUAAGAGAUGAUCCUUAGUGGACCUCUAGGAAGAACAGUUUAGAACUGAUAUAGAGCUAUCCAGUGUAAAGAAAGUUAGUUUAGUUUAUGUUUCCUCCUGUAAUAACACUGGAUCAAUAAGAGAUGAUCCUUAGUGGAUCUCUAGGAAGAACAGUUUAGAACUGAUAGAACUAUCCAGUAUAAAGAAAGUUAGUUUAGUUUAGGUUUCCUCCUGUAAUAACACUGGAUCAAUAAGAGAUGAUCCUUUCUGGACCUCUAGGAAGAGCAGUUUAGAACUGAUAUAGUUAUCCAGUAUAAAGAAAGUUAGUUUAGUUUAGGUUUCCUCCUAGUAACACUGGAUCAAUAAGAGAUGACCCUUAGUGGACCUCUAGGAAGAACAGUUUAGAACUGAUAGAGUUAUCCAGUGUAAAUAAAGAAAAUUAGUUUAGUUUAGGUUUCCUCCUAGUAACACUGGAUCAAUAAGCAAUGAAGCUUAAAUCGACGUGAUAAGCGGUGCCGACAAAGGGUCGCAAAGGAACAAAUGGUUUCGCGCGAACAAAUUCUCCUAGUGGGAAAAUUGGCUUUACUGGACCUCCAGGUAGAACAGUAUAGAACUAGCGCUAUCCAUUAUAACCAAAAGUAGAAGUUCUAAUUUUAGUUUCACCAAUUAAUCAAUGAUUCUGUAUUCAUAUUUAGGAAGAGGAAAUUCCUGAAAAAUUAAAACUUCGCCACGACAAGUUCUACAGAAAAACAAGAACUGCCUUUCAGCCACAAGAACAAAACGUAAGCACUGAUCGUAUGGAACAUUUUUAGACCGAAACAUGUCAAGUUAUGUGGACUGGAUCUUUGUACCAUUUUAGACAUUUCUAUGAAGAAAAAACUGCAUCUGUCUGCUUUCAGAUAUCAUCUCACAUUCUUGACAUUCUACUUUAUAAAAUUCAGCACAGAAUGCUCUUGUAUAAAUGUACACUUGAUUGUAUGGGGUAAAAGUCCUCAUUAAUACUUUACCUAGUAGUUAGAAUUUCUCAAAAAAUGCCAUGUCCGACUUUGUGUCUAUUUUACAGAAAUUUUUGUGUAUGAUAAAAUUAAUUUUUGUUUUCUUUCAUUGGCUAGGAAAUGGAGAGAUUAAACAGGCAAGCUAAUGAACUAAACUCCUUCGUACAUCGUAUUAAGUUAGCGAAGUCUGCAGAACAGAAUAUCAAAGGAGACAAUCUUUCCUUGGAGUUAAUGUCAAUAGAAGUGAAACUGGGAAUUCUUAGAAUGCUGCUCCAUCGCUUAGUAAGUAUAGGACCUUUUUAUAUAAUAGAUCCUUUCAAUGAUUAAGAUGCCAUGUUGGAAUCGCAGUGCAUUGUAGAAUCGCAAUCAGUACUUGUGGUAUCAUGUAUUCAACAUGUGUGAAAAUAAUAAAUUCUUUUCAUUUUGCAAAGAAAUAAAAUUGAAAGAUGAAAUUCACCACCAUGAGCUGCACCAUACCAGAACCUAACAACUGAAUGUUCAUAACUUACGAAAUAUUUUGAACUUUUCUAGAUGAGAAAAUCACACAUCAGAACUAAAACUAAAGUGCAGCCAACUAUCUCGACUGUCAAGAACAACAAAUUACAGACUCUGACAACGUUGAAAGAUUUGCAAACCUCUCUGGCGUUCAUGAUAUUGGAAUUUGGAAAAGCGAAAAAACCUUUAAACCAAAAAGUUGCCUCAGGGAACUAA